AUGCAUGCGGGAUGUUACAUCGAGUUACCGCGGGAAAUUAUGUUAAAGCGAGCGGUAAUUAACGUGCAGUCAACGGAUAAUGCGUGUUUCGCAUGGUCAGUGGUCGCGGCUCUGCAUCCGGUCGAAAGGCAUACAAAUCGGGAAUCAUCGUAUCCACAUUAUACGACGGUGUUAAAUCUCCAAGACAUUACGUUUCCGAUGACGUUGAAUCAAAUUAAAAAGUUCGAACAUCUCAACGACAUCUCAAUCAACGUCUACGGUAUCAAGGAAAAGGAGAUUCUCCCGAUACGGCUGACAUCAAGGAAGAUGGAGAAGCACGCAAAUUUAUUGUACGUGCAGGAUCCGCGCGACGACAACGCGGGGCACUUUGCGUACAUCAAAGAUCUGUCCCGUCUUGUGAGCUCGCAAAUAAACAAGAAGAAAUGCAAGAAAUACUUUUGCGACCGGUAUGUAUUUUAACAAAUUUUAUUAUUUC